AUGUGGAAAGAAAUUAAUUGCAUGGACAAAAGUCGACCUGUGAGUGAGGUCCAUGGCCGCACUUUUGGGCAAAAGAUAUCCAUUUUGGGACUCUGGUCGCAACGGCGUUUCACAAAUUCGACCUAUGUGCCAGCUAAGAGAGAGCCUCUGGUGGCAGUGGCUGGAGACAGCUUGGUCUUGCAUGGAAAGCUUAAACAAAAUCGGUCCCUCCUGGCGUUGAGUGUUGCUCAACGCACGCUAUGGCCAUUUCCCGAAGAAAUCAAAAGGUGA